CUCGAAUUAUAGUGGAGGUGUGAGAGUCUUAACUACAAAAAAAAAAAAAAAAAAAAAAAAAAAAUUGUCCAUUAUAUCUUAAUAUUUUAAUAUUAUAAUUAUUGAAAUGUAGAAUGACAAUUUUGCCCCGUCAUAUUAGCUCUCCUCUCCUCUCUUGACGCCUCCUAACGCGGCCUGUCUUUCCAUUGCCAUAUUGUUCUUCUUUAGUGGAAGAUUGGGUGUUGAGUUUUAAUUGCAAAAUAAUUGAUUUGUGUGAUUUAUUUACCCAAAAAAAAGAUAAAUAAACAUAAUUGAAGGGCUAUAUCUGUCCAUUUUGAUGUAAUUAGGGCAUUGAGCCCCUCCCACAUUUGGUGUUUUUUUCUUUGGCCAAAUUUCACUAAACCCAUAUGGCGUCAAAUAUACUAUCGAAAGUUAAAAGAUAUUCCAUUAUUAUUAUUAUUUUUUUAUAGGGCAGCAAAUAUACAUAAUUUAUCAGAGGUUGCAAAUACCAUGUUAUGUAUGAACUUAUUUAGACGAAAAUUCUCUUGAACAUGCAACACUCCUAAUUUCUUAUAUGUAAAAUCAACAAAGGGUAAAAUGGACAAGCAAAAGGAUAUAUUUAUCAAAACAAUAACUUGGGGGAAUUGAAGUUUUGGAAAAUUAUAGGUACACUUGUGAAAAAAAUUUUAAAAAAAGAAGAAAAGUGGAGAGUAUUUUGUAAUUUUUUGAUAAUAUAAAAAAAACAAAAAAAAAACACUCCACUUGUCCUCUUAAUUUGAUGUUUGAAAAGACUAAUUGUGAGCCUAUUUAACAAUUUCAUGGAUAGAUUAAUCCGUGGGACUAAACUGGGGAGCAUAAAUCAAGUUUUCUAGGCAAGAUUUACUAUCCCUCUGUCCAAAUACUUGAUAAUUGCAAGCCCUUCAUUUUUCUUUAUUUAUUUAUGUGUUUAUUUUUUUAUUUAUUUACAAGAUGUUAGAUAUGCAAAUAACAUACCCUUUUGCAUAUCAUAGGACCUCAUAAUGGAUCAACCUUCUAGAGUAUAUUUAAAGCAUGGCAUUAAAAAAGAGUUCUGGAUUUGUAUAUGUAGUGUGUAUAUUGUAGUUAACCACUCGUUAUAGUAUGAUUAAAUGUGGGAAGUGGGAUGUGGGACAUUGAAAAAUUAGUGCUCCAUUUCUAUUUCUGAGACAUGAUUAGACUUAGAACAAUGAUGAAAGAGUGAACAAAAAGAGACACCUUUUGAUUGGUGAAUGUUGUAAAAGAUACUCAAAAUGAAGGAAUGGUCUAUAUUUUCAUUCUAUGCCAGUUUGGGAAGGUAGAAGGCGAGGGUUGUAUGAACUUAUGAAGCUAAUCUUUGGGAUUUGGUAGUGAAGCAUCACUAAAAUAAAGUAGCAAAAUUUUAAUUUGCAAGGAUAAUGAUAUUAUGUUCGAAAAUUGGAGAACUCUAAAUAAAAUUAAUUGAGUUUGUCCUCUUGUACUUUCUGUUAUUACUAUCACCUAAAAUUUAAAAUGUUAGUACUUAAAAUUCACUUUUCAAUGCUUAGGAAACAAAAAACGAUUACAUUUAAUAUAGUUUUUUUUUUUUUUUUAUUAUUAUUAUUUUUUUAUGAUUACAUAUGUGGCGAUAUUGUGUACGGGUGUGUGAGCGUGUGUAAGUAACACUAGUAAGCUAUCACAUUAGACGAGUCACAGGUGCACAAUCUCCUAUUGCCUGGGUGUGGAGGGGACAAGUGCUAUAUGUAGAUUUUAACACCCUUCUAUGACACAAUGCGUUUUAAAGUCAUGAUGGCCGUGAAUCUAUCAGAACUCCAAAAGUUAACCAUAUUGUGCAUGAAUAGGGUUAGGAUUGUUACAAAUGGUAUUUGAUCCAGCCGAAAGUGUAGCUAACAAGGACAUUGGCUGCCAAAGGGGAGUGAUUGUGGCCACCUUAAAGCUGCUAGAACUCUAGAGUUAAGCUAACCUGGCGUAGUAUCAGCAUAGGUUGGGAGUCAAAAAAGGAUAAUAUUGUGUUUGGAUAAUGUAAAGAUUGUUACAACAUAUGACAUCACCUAUCUCUCUCUCUCUCUCUCUCUCUUGAAAAAAAAUGAAAAUUAUUUUCUUUUCAAGUCAUACAAAUUAAUGAAACAAGAAUACCAAACGUUACCAAUGAAUAAACAAAUUAUACAACAAAGCUUGUUGUAGCAUAGUGAAAAGUGCUAGUAAUCCUAAGUUAUUCAUGUUAAUCCAUAUAUUGGCACUCAAAAACUGAUAAACUGCUGGUAUUUGACCCCUUCUGUGCUUAUACUUAUCACAUUGCUUAUGCAAAAACUUCACAUAACUACUAAUAAAACAAUUUUAUAUUAUUUAUACAACACCAAUCACAAGUGUUAGCACUAACAAUAAACAUUUAAGCGCAGGAUCAAGGCACAAGAUUUUACAAUACACACACAUGCAUAUAAAUAUAUAUAUUCAAGUUCAAGCAAAUGCUAAUAUUAAAGGGCCCACUUUCUUACUUUAUGCAGUAAUAAUGGUGACAAAGAACGGGAUCAAACCUAGUAAUGAUGAAACCCGCCGUUCAAAAAUGCUUUUUAGCUCUUUAUGUACAAAGCCACAAAAGAUGACACGCGCACGAGUGGAGAAACAAAUGAAACAUUUUCUUCAGAACUGGGACCCCUCUCUCAUAUCAUAUCAUAUCAUAUAAUAUGGCAGAGAAUAUAUAUGUACCUCCACUUGUUUUCUUGCAUUUUAGUCACUCAUUCAAGAGACUUGCACAACAGUUCACUAACAAACCACCAUUUUAAAUAUCAGUCUCUUCUUACUCUUGUUCUUGGUUCCUCAUUUCCAACUCAAAAGAGUGAAGCAACAAACCAAAGAAUGUCUUCAAGCUUGGGUGGCGCCAAAUGCGCAUCAAAUAAGCUCAAAAACAUAGAGGAAGACCGCCCGGCUUGUUGGCUUCCGGUGGCGUGCCACCCACCGGAAACUCCUACCGAGUCGAUGGAGUUUCUUGCUAGGACAUGGAGUCUCUCAGCUACGGAACUCUCCAAAGCUCUUUCCCACGCAAAUAUAGCAUCGGACCAUCUUGACAAGCCACCUUUGUUGUUGUGUUCGGUUGGCGGUGAAGCACAACUUUCAAGCUCUAUCGUUUCAAGGGAAUCUCAACUUCAACCACCACCAACCGCCGAUAGCCCUCCAAUUUCUCCAAGAGGAAGUUAUGAUACAAAGGAACUAUUUAUACUUCAUCAAGUACUCAAUCAUGUAUCUAGUCAACAGUCACUCAAAAAUGGGCUCUACAGGAGCAUCAUGAAGGGAAAGACAAUGGGUAGAUUGUUGAAAUGCCAAAAAGAGAGGAAGCAGGAGGUUAGAACUCACAAUGCUCAAUUGCACGCAGCGGUGUCUGUGGUGGGGGUUGCUGCUGCUGUGGCAGCUCUUGCUGCCUCAUCGGCGACAUCUCCUGAAAAGUCGAUGACUGCCCAUAACAAGGAACACUCCAAAACAUCUGCUGCAAUUGCAUCUGCAGCUGCUCUAGUAGCAUCACACUGCAUAGAGAUUGCAGAGGAUAUGGGAGCUGAACAUGAACAAAUCCUAUCUGUUGUCAGUUCUGCAAUAAACGCAAGGACUAAUGGUGAUAUCAUGACCCUAACUGCUGGAGCAGCCACUGCCUUGAGAGGGGCUGCCACACUAACGGCAAGACUGCAGAAAGAUUACGGAGCCACAACCAUUGCUCUGGCCGAACAGGCAGAAGAAGGUAAAGAAUUGAAGGUCACAAAAGCAUUGAACUUCAUUCUGAAAGGGGGAGAACUUCUCAAGCGUACAAGAAAAGGAGCACUCCAUUGGAAGCAAGUCUCUUUCAAGAUAAAUUCAAAUUGGCAGGUGAUAGCUAAAAUGAAAAGCAAGCACAUGGCAGGAACAUUCACAAAGAAAAAGAAAUGUAUAGUCUCUGGAGUCUACUGUGACAUGCCGUCAUGGACUGGACGAGAGUGGGAGGGGAGCAAUGAGCAGAGGGCUUACUUCGGGAUAAAAACUGCAGAGAGAAUUAUUGAAUUCGAAUGCAGAAGUAAAGACGACAAAGAGAUGUGGAUAGUGGGGAUUCAACAUAUGUUAAAUUGCCGAGCCAACAUGCAUGAUUUCAAUUAAAAAAGG